GUUGGUUAUCGCGCGACAUUGUUUUUCUAACACAAAACUUUAAAAGGAGGAGGAUCAAAGCUUUUGUUAGGGGUUUUGGAGCUGGACAAGGGAGAUUCGAGCUCGAGUAUAUAUACACAUAAAGUCUGGUAAUAUCCACGAGAAUCAGAAGACGAGAUGCUAGGAGAAUGUGGAAGGCUUUUAAAGACAGAGAAACCGGUCGAUUUCGUUCCAAUUCCUUCGCCAAUCGAUUCAAAUCCCGCCGGAUUUUGUCUCUCCAGCUCUCUAAUCGAAAAGAUUUUGUUUCUCCUCAUCGUGGCUCCGUUAACUCCCUUCAGGUUCUCUCAGAUGUUUCUUGCUCUUCUUAUCCGUGACUUUUGUUCUCAGUCUUUGGCUGAGAAAUCACUAAAAAUAUAAAAGAUCUGGGACUGAAUCUAGUUUAUGUAGUUUGCUGCUUCUAGAGUAGCCAUAUUUUGGUAGCUGGUUGUGUUAUUAACUGUGUUAUCAGGUUGAUUUGACGGAGGGGAGAUAUCUGCUCUCUGGAGCAGCAGAUGGUUCAGCUGCUGUAUUUGAUGUUAAGCGGGCCACCGAUUACGAGGCAAGUGGUCUAAUUGCCAAGCACAAGUGUAUUUUUACUGUCCGUAAGCAACAUGAAAAUGGACAUAAAUAUGCCAUAUCCUCUGCCAUUUGGUAUCCCAUUGACACUGGGAUGUUCAUUACAGGUUCUUUUGAUCAUUACGUAAAAGUAUGGGAUACCAAUACUUCGCAGGUGGUUGUGGAUUUUAAAAUGCCUGGAAAGGUUUAUAGAACUGCCAUGUCUUCUAUGGCAAUGUCUCACACGUUAAUUGCUGCUGGAACUGAUGAUGUCCAGGUUCGCCUCUGUGAUAUUGCUUCUGGGGCAUUCUCUCACACAUUAUCGGGUCACCGUGAUGGUGUUAUGUCAGUGGAAUGGUCUACUUCCAGCGAGUGGGUUUUGUAUACUGGGGGGUGUGAUGGUGCAAUACGUUUCUGGGACAUCAGACGUGCUGGAUGUUUCCGUGUUCUAGAUAACUCACAAACACAACUUGGGGUCCGACCACCAAUUUUAAAGCGACCAGCGGUUAGCAGUAAGUUUUUUUCAGCUGCAAAAUCUUCUCUGGGGGACCAAAAUUGGUUGAAGACAUUGCAGAGUAAACACACUGGCAGCCAAAGUGUAAAGGGAUCAUCUAGCGAGAAACCUUCAGUGGAAAAGUCUCGACAGAAGAGAAUUCACCCUGGAAUGUUAUCUACUCUAGAUCGUGCUACGGCUCAUUAUGGUGUUGUUACUGGCUUAAAGGCAACUAACGAUGGGAUGUAUCUUCUUAGUGCUGGGUCGUAUUCAAGAAUAAGAUUGUGGGAUAUUGAAUCUGGACGCAAUACCCUGGUGAACUUUGAAACUGGACGCAUCCAGACAGACAGAGCGAUUCAAUUAGAUACAAGCGAUGAUCCAGCUCUCGUAUUUGUUCCGUGCAUGAAGACUGUGAAGGGUUUUGGCAUGUGGUCGGGUAGAACAACACUGAUGCUUCGUGGACACUACGAAAGCGUGAACACUUGCUGCUUUAAUUCCAAUGAUCAGGAACUAUACACAAGUGGCGCAGAUAGACAAAUAAUUGUGUGGUCACCAGGCGGAUCCGUGGAAGAUGAAAUGGCGCAAGGUGAAGUAGCUGAAGAUAAAGACAACUGGAGCGACUGAGAGAAAACAAGACUUCUUUCUCAAUCUGUGAAUUUCUAUGUCUUCACAAUUACUUGACCGCAGCUUCUGCAGUGAAAGAUGUGUUCCCAUCGCAGCCAUAGUUAAAUCGGUAUUUAGAAAUUUCUUCUGGUCUCUCUUUCAAGCGUUUUCAGUUAUUGGAUACAUUAUAUUUGAUCAAUGUGUAAAGUUUCAGAAACUUAGGGAAUAGAUGGUGGAGAUGUUUCAUAGGAAUGUUAUAUUUGGAUUGAUCAAGAAAAGGGUUUUACUAG